UCUCACUCUAAAACCUCACCCUAGAAAGAAAGUGGAAACUCCCCUCUAUUUAAACCCUUUCUCCUCGCAAAUUUCUCCCCUAUAUCACUUUCUUGAGUAUUUUCUCUACGCGUUUUUUUGUCUCUCUCUCGGCUUCUCCGGUUUAUCUCCCUUUAAGGGCUUGUCUUGCACAACAGAUGUCUUUUGAUUCCAGCAAGAAGCAUCAGUGGUUUGUUUGGUGUGCUUUCUGUUUCAUGAACCGGGCAAGGCUUCGGUGCUCCAGAAAGGUGUUGUUUCGACAUUGGACUUGAGGACUUUAGUAAUUAGUUUAGUUUGGAGGUCUGAGGCCAGGGAGUUGUGGUGUAUAUACGAGUUCCUCUUCAUUUUUGUUCUUUGUUUCUGAUCAGCAUCAGCUUAUUUUCUUGUGGGGAAGGGUUUGGUCGGGUUAAGCGAGUCUGCAGUAAAUAUUUGUUUGGUGAAAGCUUUGUAAAGAAGUUGGAUUUUGGGACGUUCUGUUGUCAUGGCAAGGACGUCCCUCCCUCCGGGGUUUCGGUUCCAUCCAACUGAUGUCGAGCUGGUUAUGUACUAUCUUAAGAAGAAGGUUAUGGGAAAGAAGCAUCACUUUGAAGCUAUCUCGGAGGUCAAUAUCUACAAAUUCUCUCCAUGGGAUCUUCCAGAUAAGUCUUGCCUGAAAAGCAAGGAUCUAGAAUGGUUCUUUUUCUGUCCUAGAGAGAAGAAGUAUGCCAGCGGUGUUCGGGUCAAGCGUGCUACUGAAAAUGGAUAUUGGAAAACUACAGGAAAGGACAGGUCUAUCUGUUACAAUGACAAAACUGUAGGAACAGUGAAAACCUUGGUUUUUCACUUAGGUCAUGCCCCUCAAGGGGAGAGAACCGAUUGGGUUAUACAUGAGUACAGGAUCCUUGAUGACCAGCUGGCAGCAGCAGGGGUUCAGGAUACUUAUGUGCUAUGUAAAGUCUUCAAGAAGAAUGGUCCAGGACCAAAAAAUGGUGCACAGUAUGGAGCACCAUUUAAUGAAGCAGAUUGGGCUGACGAUGAUGAUGAUGCUGCUACUAAAACCCAUGCUGCAUCCGUGGCAUCUGAUGGCCUAUCAGUGAGUGUGCUCCCCAAAAAGCUAAUUUGCCCUCUUGGGGCAGGACAGUUUGGUCCUGGAAGUACGUCCGUGGUGCCUUUAACUGAAGAAGGUCCAUUGCCUUCAGCUGGUCGUUCAACUGGUGAGGUGCUUGAGGAUGAGAAUGAUGAUGAGAUGGUUCGUUUAUUAGCUCCCUUUACAGAUGAAGCCACGUUGCUGUUUAACAAUAAUGAAAUUAAUCAGAAUGAUCUUGGUGGCAAGGGGAAGGACAAAUCCUUAACUUGUGCUGAUGGAUAUGAUAUAUAUAAUGGUCUUGGUGAACUGGAUAGUUGGGUUCAGAUGAAUGAAGGCAAGCUUGACUUCUCGGGGGUGCAGAAGGAUGACUAUUCUAUGGACAACAUGAUCUCGCAAGAUAAUUUAGCUUAUAUAGAACUCGACGAUCUUCUCACCCCAUUGGAUUGCGCAUCCGAAGAAGUUGUAACCAAUCAGUCAUCAGUUGGCGGGAUAUUUGGAUCCCGCAACCAUGAGAAUGUGGAGCAGUUUUACUCUGGAGGCACUUUCCCUAGCACAUAUACUUGUGCAAAUGAACCACACUUGUUUCCUGAAGGAUCUUACCAAUGGGAUAAUAGUUUGAAUGUGCUUCAGAUGAUUAACGACGAGUUUUACCAGGGAUCUAAUGCUGCAUAUGAUUUGGAAUCCACACACCAGCAACCAGAGAUUCGGGUUGAUUUUGCUCAAGACAUGGAAAGAGGAACAUUUAAAAAAAAUUGUGUAUCAAGAUUAACGGAAUCUAUUCCAGCUCGCUCACCUUCAGCUGCUGAGCAUCUUGCUCUUUCAUUUUCUCCUUGUGGUGGCUCCUCCAUACAUAUCAAGGCUGAGGUGACUCACGGAGCUGGUGAAUGCACUAACGAAGCUUUGUCAGUUAUGAUGGGGGGGUCGAGCAGCUGUUGGUGCAAUCUGCCUUGGCCAGUUUCUCAGGAAAUGUGGCUCUGGAUUUGGAUCAUCUGCUUUUCUUGGUGGACUUUGGUUUUGACGUGGUUCUUGUUUACUGCUGUUCAGAGAGGCUGUUUUUGUUUCAUGGAGUUAUUAUUACUAUCAAAAUUGAAGAUUCUUUCUCUAACUUGAUAAAAUCAAGUGGUGUCUUGCUUUAUCAUUUUGCAAUAUGGCCACCCAGUAAUAUUUCACCAAUGCAAUAUGCUGUUGAAAUAA